AUGUCUCGAGACGAUCACGGACAUGACGGGAAACGGAGAAGGAUAGAGCCUCUUGCCGAUCGGCAUGGGUCAGCUCUUCCAGCCGAGUUGUCGCUUCCUGCACUCCUCCACAUGGCCUUGUCUGCACACGCGUCUUCGAGCUCCCAUCUGCAACAAGUGUUCAUCCCGAAGGACAUUCAGACCGUCGGGGACUACGAUAGCCUUACAGGCAACACUGGUGUCCGUUAUCGAUCUGACCCCGAGGCUGCUGCAAAAUCCUUUGCUCUGUUGCUCUUUGCCCUCGAUCUCCUACAUAUCGGGUUGCGUUCGACAACGGCUUCAGAUGCCGAGAGAGUCGCCUUCGCCCAAGAGUUUGCGACCGUAGCCAUCAAAGUCGCUACUGCAUGGCGCAAGUUAGCCGAUGCCAUGUCCCGUUCCAGCGAUCAGUCCCACAAACUGGCACUGAGCAUGUUGCUGCUUGAAUUGGAUGCCGAAAUGCAGGUCGUCGACAAGUUAGCUUUACUCGAUGCCAUGGAGGGUCAAGAUGUCUUCAGUCAAUGGCUGCACCUGGUUCGCUUACAUCUGCUUUUCGCUCAUCGUCGAUGGGACCUCGUGCCGAAAUACAUCGCAAUGAAAGAGAAGGAGUCGGGUCUUUGGAAUUCUUACUAUCGUCUACACCUGCUCCUUUACCAGACACUGUGGUAUGGACGCCUUGGAGAUGACGCAUCUGUCAAAAAAACUCAUAAGGAGAUGUAUCUAGCAAUAGACAGGUUUUCCGAUCCCGCCUUGUCUACCGACAUUCGACGGCAAGGUGCCGUCUUCAAAGUAAGUCGAAUCGCGAUGCGCGGUGGCAUCAUCAUACAGAGCACACCCCUCAACGAGCUCUAUCUUCUGACUUACUUGGCAUCUGUUGUCACUCGCAGAGAUUUCUUGGGGACCUCGUCGUCUUGUAAAAGUCUGGUUCUGCCGGCGCAAAUGGAAGCUUUCAGAUACCAUGCUAGAUCAGGCGAUAUGUGGGAUACAGAUUUCUCCUCCUACCAUUCAUUGGCCGAUGCGGCGCAGUUAUACUCGAGGGUGUUGAAAAUCCGCGUCGAGACUCUGCUCGAACAGGUCUCAGCGCUCAUGUACCGCAGCGAGAUUGCUCAAGCGCAUCAGUCUCUUGGCCUCGCUACGGAUAUGGCCAGAACCAAUGGCAUCUUCGCUGAACUGGCGCCGCAUUUCUGUCUCACUAGAGGUCAAUACUGCCAUCUAUUUGGCAAGGACCAGCUAGCGCAAGACAGCUACCGAGCAGCCAAAACCUUGCUGCGCACUCAAUCUGAGCUGGGCCUCAUCGUCGACAUUGGGGCUCUUGGCGCCAGUCGGCGACUCCUUCGGCUCGACGCCACCCUCGUCGCCGAAAUCACCACAUUAGCUGAUCGAUGUCGAAAUAGCUCCAACGCGAGCCUCGAGGCGUACGGACAUUUCCUGGGCAGCUUGAUCGACAGGAACAGGGUCGGUUCUAAGAAAAAACUGUCCAAUGCGUAUGAGGUGUCUCAGAGGGCAAACAACAAUGUCCUCCGAUGCCUGAUUUUUGCUUUCACGACUAGUGUGCACCUUUAUGGAACGGCCGAUAGGACGAUCCGGCAACUGGAGACUGGACGCGAGCUGGCUCGUCUGAUGGGAGGGAGAGACCGCCCUGACGGAGUGGGUCAGUUGGCACUAGGUCUAUGGUUUGCGCAAAAACUGAAGGUGCAUCAUCGUCGGGAAGGCAAUAUGGAGGCACAUGCGGCAGCCAAGGCCGAUCAGGAACGCCAUCAGGAAACGCUUCGACAUCUCCGUCUUGCAUCAUGA